GUCAUUAGCAACAACAAACGCACCUGCUUAAAUGAGCGCGGAGCUCAGCUGCGCUCUCCUUGUUGUUGUUUCGCUUUGGGUCCUGAGCACAUUUAACUGUAGUCGCUGGGUAAAGGACAGCUGUCGCCGGUCAGCGGGCUCGCUGUUUAUCGGCUGCUCUGUUUCUUCUGCUCGCCUCCUCCUCUGCAACAUUAAUGGUAGCUUAGCAUGCUAGCAGCCGGCUACGUUGUGGAAUGCAUGUGAAUGGGAGCGCAGUUCCUCUUUGCGUUUAUACCAAAAGAGGUAGUUCUGCCUUUAUUGGCCAACCCCGUGAGAGAUAAAUCCUGAGAGACUUCGCGUAAGGGAUUCAGAAACUGAUAUGGAGCCAACUGCGGGCUGUUUGGAUAUCGGCAGCCUGACCAGCACCUUGCCGGUGAUCCCCCAGAAUAAACUGACUGACCUGUACUACCUGAGCGGAGGGGGCUUCGGCACCGUGUUCAAGGGGAAGCACUCCGACUGGAGGACCACUGUGGCCGUCAAGUGCCUCAAGCUCGACUCUCCAGUUAUAGAAAGAGAAAGGAACUGCCUGCUAAAGGAGGCCGAGGUACUCCACAAAGCCAGGUUCAACUACAUCAUCCAGAUCUUUGGUGUCUGCAAUGAGCCUCGUAUCUUCUGCAUAGUCACGGAGUUCAUGAGCAAUGGAUCUCUGGACCGGUUACUCCAUGAGAAGGACGUGUACCCUGUUCUUGCCUGGCCUUUGCGUUUGAGGAUUCUGUAUGAGAUCGCCCUUGGAGUUAACUUCCUUCACAACAUGAACCCACCCCUCGUACAUCACGACCUAAAGACCCAAAACAUUCUGCUGGAUGGUGAAUUUCAUGUUAAGAUUGCAGACUUUGGCCUAUCGAAGUGGCGACAGCUGUCAGUGAGUAGAGGCUCGGGGUCCAAGCCAGCUGAGGGUACAGUGAUCUACAUGCCCCCUGAGGAGUACGAACCAUCCAAGAGCCGUCGGGCCGACGUGAAGCACGAUAUGUACAGCUAUGCCAUCAUCAUGUGGGAGGUGCUGUCCAGGCAGAUCCCGUUUAAAGGUGCACAUAAGAACAAGAGCAGCAGGAUACUGAGGUCACAGUGUUGUUCAGCCCCAGCAGCCUGUCAGAAGGGGAGUGAGGAGGAAACUCCAAGUAUGCCAAAGGACAGACCCAGCCAGUGGACGGAGGCCACUACAUCAGGCUCGGGGUCUUGUUCCUCUCAGGACACGGACAUAUCUCUACCGGGCCCCCUCUCCAGCAGCAAUGCUGCAUCCGCUAAACCUGUAGAUUGCCUUCCAUCGUCAUUCAUGCCUCACAGUCUGGAGUCUCCACAGUCAUUGAAGGAUGUCUAUGAUAAACCAGGAUGUGGGGAUAAACUGAACGGCUGGACGAAUGAUUUAAACAUACUCAGCAAACCUGAACCAAUCGCCGAAUGUGAGACAAAGCUGGUUAAUGUCUCCCUCAAAGCACAGCCUCAGCCUCAAGGUUACUCUCCUCCACCACGGCACUCUCCUCCUCUGCAAGGUGCCAUCUCCCAGUGGAUUGCAAUCCGGCGUGAGGAAAUUGUCUCCCAGAUGACAGAGGCUUGUCUGAACCAGAGCUUGGACGCCCUGCUGUCCCACUCCAUGCUGAUGAAAGAGGAUUACGAACUGGUGAUCAACCAGCCCACACGCACCGCUAAGGUCCGCCGACUUCUGGACACCUGCGACAAACACAACGAAGACUUCUCCCGCAUCGUCGUCCGCAAGCUGCACGACAACAAGCAGAUGAGCCUGCAGCCGUACCCGCCUGAAAUCAGCUCGCCUAUGGUGGCACCUAGCGCACCGUCACUGUCCAUGUCCUGCAAUAUUCCCAGGAAGAUGUAGCAGCACUCACGGCCAAGACUUCCACAUAAAGAUUGUGCCAACUUGACACUACAACUAACUAUUUCUGGUUCCGUGUCAUCCAGACACUCGCCACGGUUUAGACUGAAGAACAGCUGGUUGAGCAACUAAAGUUACAGGUACAAAAACGUCAUGUGUUACUAUGGACACAUCAACUCAAGAUUUAAGGUUUUAUUCUGUAUGUUUAGAAUCAAAAAGACUUUAACUGAAGCAGUGAUUAUUUUUUUAAUGUUACGGAUUUGAUGUGAAUAUUUAUUUAUAGUCUCUAAGUGACUAUAUUGAGUGGUUUUCACUCUUUUUGGUAUCUAAUGCUUUUUGUCUGAAGACUAUUAGAUUAAUGUUGGCCUGUUUGUGCGAUCAUGUAUCAGUAUUUGCAGAAUGCAAACGUCCUCAUUUAUUUGAUGCAACUAAAGACAGGAGGACUGUUAACUGGAAAACCUGCUGUAAAAAUAAGGUUUAACUCUUCUAGCAAUCUUUAUUCAAGUAUCAUGUAUUUAUGGGUUCUGGUCAUGUUUACGGCCUGAGUGAGCGAGUGUAUUGUUGUUCUAUUUAAGCACAAGGUCUACAGAAAGUUUGAAUAAGUGUUACUUUAAAUAAGUGUUCCUGAACUUUAGCAGCUUUGCCAAACUAAGAGGAAAAGUUGGACUGAGUUGUGACCCAGUGGCAGACUGCAUGGAAAGUUAUUACUCUUCCUCUAUUUAUCGCCAAGCUAAAGAGAGUCACAGGGUCACAAAGUAAAGAGGAAGCUGAGAAGGUAAUACAACACCCAGAAAGAGGGAUGUGGGUAUGUGUGUGUGUGUGUGUGUGUCUGCAUAUAGUGGGUCAUUAAAAUUGGACCAAGUAUGUGCUCACAUUUCUUUCGGUCGGUUCAGUAGCGACCUCACUUCAGAGACUUCAGGCUUAUCUGGAUCUUUCCAGACUUGACCUAUCUUCCACAGACUCUGAGCUGAGAUUACAAAUAAAUGUAUUCCAACUGAGCUUCUCUGCAGUAGCAUAAGAAAAAAAAUCGAAUACAUGAAAAUCCAGCUUUGCUUGUAGCAGAUCUUUAGUUUACCUACGGGCUGCCUAUUCAGCUUAUUUUUCUUGAACGUUGCAACUUUUUUUGCUGUUGCUACGCAGUCUGCUCAAAACAGCAGCAACAUGUUUAUUAAAUCUGUCAGUCACUGACCCGCAAGGCAGAAAACUGUUCAGCAAUCUUGCAUAAGUAUACAAUAAGCAAGUACUGGUUUAUCUGUUACUAUACCUUUGUCUGCCACAGGGCUCUUUGUUAGCUCCUUGACAUAAUAAGCAUAUAUUGUAUGUUCUUUCUGCCAGAAUAUGCUGUAGUUACACAACAGAUAUUUUCUGUUUUAUUAGCGUGUGUGCUCCUGCAGUUAACAAAUAUAAUCAGUCAAUUAGCCAACAAACGGCCUAUUUCAUUCCCCAUUUGGCAUCUUUAAUGUGCCAAACAUAUUUUGUUGUUGUUGUUGUUGUUUAACCCUUCAGCGUCUCAAACAUCAAACAUGCAAACCUAUUCACAAACUGUCCUACACUGAUUCUUAAUAACUCCAUUGCUUUUGCCUGUCAACACUUCCAUCAGUAAGUAAUUGUUUUGGUGGGUAUGUUGUGUGUAUGCAUGUGAGCUCUUUUUUUUUUUUUUUCUUUUUUUUUAAAUACACUCGGGCCUUGCUGCCCUCAACACUGCCUUCACUUCCUCAAAUGGGUGCUUGCAAUGACAAUAUUAAGCUGUGUCUCUGGAUUUCAGUAUGACCUACAACACAUUCAUCACAGGACAGUCAGUGUGAUUAAUUCAUGUUUUUUCAUGCACAUGUUCUGCAUCAUUCAGUCCAAAGUGUCCACAGUUCAAUAAAGACCUGAAUCACACAGUGGGGAAUGAGUCACAGCACGUCACACUUUGUAAAACACUGUUAGAGCAAAUUAUGCUCGAAUGACAAAAUGUCAUUUACGUCAGAAAGGCCGAGCAGGGUCGAUCUGCUUCCAUAUGUUGGACUGGUAUUGUUUUUGAAAUCUGUGCCUCAUAUUGUGCUUCUGGUCUCACCUCGAGUUACAGGCAAACGCCUUCUACGUGCAUAUCAAGCAAAGCUGAGUGAAAAUGCUAUAGAUUGGAUAGUGGUGUGUGUAUAUGUUGUAACAUUUUUUUUUACUGUUUUUCUGUGAUGUGUUUAUUUGAUAUUCGUAGAAAUACCAACUGAAAAAUACAGAGCUAAUUUGGAGCCCUUGUAUUCAGUAGUGUCUGCCGAUUGAGCAGUUCUGUCAGAGGUUUAACAUGUGUAGCUGUGGUUUCAACUAGGAUUUUCUUUUUUUAUAUUGUGUCAAACUCUUCAUUAAAAUGGCU